AUGGCUGCCGCACCCAAGCCCACCGUCGUCGGUAUCUACGGCAUCCCCGGCUGCGGCAAAACGCACCUGAUGACCCAGCUCGAGCCACGCCUCGGCGAGACACGCUUCGCCUUCUUCGAGGGCUCGAGCGUGAUUGGCAACCUGGCCCCAGGCGGCCUCGAGGUCUUCCAAGAGUGCGGGCCCGACGAACAGCAGCGCUGGCGCGCCCUUGCCGUCUACGCCAUUGCCAAGGAGUGCGCCACCACGCAGCGCGCCGGCGUCGUCGCAGGCCAUUUUAGCUUCUGGCCUGAAGAUGCCGCCGAGCCGAACGUCGUGUGUACGUGCGCUGACCUCGCCACCUUCACGCAUCUCGUGUACCUAGACGUCGAUGCCGACGCCGUCGCACGCCGCCGCCAUGGCGAUACGCAGCGCACCCGGCCCGCCAUGUCUGUUAGCCACCUACAGAAGUGGCAGAGGGCAGAGAUACGCGCGCUCCGGGCCUUGUGCCGCAGCCACGGCAUCUUGUUCGUGACACUGUCGGUAACCGACGAGUUGACGCCGCUGCUGCUCGACAGGGCGUGUGCGCUGCUGGCCGACUUCCAGCUGCACACCAGCCAGGCGAACCUGGCGCUUGCCGAGAAGAGGGUGGAUGAGAUUGUCGCUGCGUCGUCGAUCGCUUGCAACCCUGCGACGGCCGUUGUUCUGGAUGCAGACAAGACGCUGGCGGCCGAGGACGCGGGCGAGGUGUUUUGGGACGUGAUGGCGACGAGGCGCUCCUUGCAGCUGACAGAGGACAAGUCGCCCUUGAAGACGCUGUUCAGCGGCCCGCAGGGAUACUCCUACGUGGCCUUCCGGCAGGCGAUGCUGCUGAACGAGGAGGCGGCCGACGACGGCGAGUUCGAUGCCGUCUGCCGCGCCGUGGCAGCACGGGUGACGGUGCAUCCCGAGAUGGCAGCGUUGGUGCGGCGUGCGGCAGGCCAGGAUCACGUUGUGACGCUGGUUGUGACGUGUGGGCUGCGCCGGGUCUGGGACAUGGUGCUGGCGCGCGAGGGGCUGUUGGAGCGAGUGCAGGUCGUCGGCGGGGGCCGGGUAUCCGACGGCUUCGUCGUCACGCCCGAAGUCAAGGCUGCCGUAGUGACACGCUUGCGCAACUACCACCACACGUACGUGUGGACGUUUGGCGAUAGCGUACUGGACCUGCCCAUGUUGAAUGCCGCGCACCAGGCCGUCGUUGUGGUGGGCCAAGAGCACACCAGGAGCAAGAGCAUGGACGCCGCUCUGUCGAGUGCCAUCGACUCUGGCGGCCUUCGCGCCCGUCAAGCACUGCUGCCCGCUGCUGCAUCACCGCGGCUGGACACGGACAGGCUGCCGGUGGUCGACAUUACGAGCGAGCAGUUCAUCGGCCAUGUCUUGGAUCGCGGUCCGGACCGGCGCGCUGCCGUCAUUCGGUCCAGACUUGUGCACGCAACAGAGAGAAGUUCCGCUCGGCUGCUCAUGUCGCCGACGCGCGACGCCAGGGUUGCCGGCCCGGCACUGCGAGACGCCCACCGGCGCGCUGGGUGCUAUCUCGCGACGGAAUUCGUCAGCGACGUGGUCGGGCUGGAAGAGCACUCGAUCCCGCACGUGCAGGGCCACCAGACCCAAGGCCACCGGCUGCGUGGCGAGAGCGCGACGUCCAUCGUGGCGCUAAUGCGCGGCGGCGAGCCCAUGGCCUUGGGAGUCAACGAUGCGUUUCCCACGGCCAUGUUCAUCCACGCUACCAACCCCGCAGACGUCAAACGCCAUCACGUCCUAGAAGGCGGAACCGUCGUGCUGGUAGAUUCGGUGGUGAACACGGGAAAGUCGGUGCUCGAGUUUGUGAGGCACAUCCGUAUUACCCUCCGCACAAACGUUCCCAUCGUCGUGGUCGCCGGCGUCGUCCAGUCACAGUCGGUUGGCCAAGAGGGCACCCUCGGCCGGGCUCUUGAAAGCGAUACGGGCCUCACGGUCGUGGCGUUGCGUCUGUCAGAGAACAAAUUCAGUGGUGUGGGCGGCACCGAUACUGGAAACCGCCUGUUCAACACGACACACGUGAACUAA